AUGUUCUACUGUUGGGCAGGUCAGGACCAUGGCUACCUUGAAGGACAUCACCAUUCGGUUGAAGUCCAUCAAGAACAUCCAGAAGAUCACCAAGUGCAUGAAGAUGGAUGGUUUUCAAGUGAGCCCAACGUGAAGGUGUAUGACCUGCAUGAAGGAACAGAGCCAGAGAAGAAACAAGCCACCAUGGAAGUGAAGGGCAACAAACUCACGGUCACCAGAGGCAAGCAGAAGGACUACCAGUGGAAUAGGAAGCAAGGCCCAGCCUGGACAGCUUUCUCCCGCCUGUCUGAGUGUGCAUAAGCAAGUCAGCUCAAAAGCCGUGAAGGGUUUAAUUUAGGGCUGCAACUAACGAUAAUAAAA